UGGAGGAUCAUCAACCAUUUCGCCUCGACAACACUCCAAUCCAGCCAGGGGCAAUGUCGGGUUGCAAACGGGCCUCUAAGCCUCUGGCCAGCCUUUGGCGGCAAGGCGCAAAGGGUUCAUGCCCAAAUUCUACUCUCGGUGUCUCCUUCCGCUCGUUCACUGCCGGUCCAGCACGUUUUGAUGAGGCCAAUGUCCAGUCGAGCAAGGCCGACAAUUCAGCAUUUCCUGAUCCUGCCACUGCUGUCACGCCGUCCGAGGAGGAGAAGUUGAUAAAGGCCGGUAUUUUGCCAGUUGGCUCAAGACGACGUCGAUUAGCAUUGCAAACUACGGCCAAUAUUCCAUUCGAGCAAUUGCCGUAUCAAUGCUUCCAAGAAGCCCGCAAGGUCCUUCAGGCGGACCGUGAAGAAAAAUUGAAGCAGAUUGAGUCCGAGCGGGCACGUAUUGCAAAAUUACAAUCCCAAGAUCCCGCCGUCAGCGGGGGAGAGGUGGAAAAGGCGAGAAGACUCAGAAGCAUGCAAAACUAUCUUGAGAAGUUGAAGAUCCUUGCGGACAUCAACGAUCCCUUGAUUAAGAAGCGUUUUGAAGAUGGUCAGGGUGAUAUGAACAGGCCAAUUUACAGAUAUCUCGCGGAUAAGAAAUGGCGCGAGUACCAACGCCCUCUGAUUGUGCAGAGAAUUACCCAAAUGAACGUCGUUCCAGAUAUUCUGCCUCAUCUCGACCCCGUAGCCGAUGUCCGUCUGGCUUUCCGCCGACACAAUAUCCAGCCGGGUCAAUUUGUCGACUCACGAGUGAGCGAGUCCCCAGCACGACUCAAGGUGCAAGUCUUCGACAAGGGCGAGCGCUUCGUCACCGUUGCCGUAGUGGAUCCGGAUGUGCCAAACCUAGAGAAAGACAGCUUCGAUUACCGGUGUCACUUCCUUGCGGCGAACAUUCCAAUCUCGCCUACCUCGACUUCUAUUCCGCUGUCGCGACUUUCGCAAGACUCUACCAUUUUGCCAUGGCUCCCUCCAUUUGCUCAGAAGGGUAGCCCUUACCACCGCCUGUCCGUCUUUGUCCUGGAGCAACCAAAUGGUCAAAAGAUUGAGACUGCCCAGAAAGCGGUUGAAAGGGAUGGUUUUAACCUGCGGAGCUUCGCCGACAAGAACUCGCUGAAGCCCAUUGGCGCUCAUUUGUUCAGAACGCAAUGGGACGAAGGCACCGCCGCUGUUAUGGCACGCGCUGGCCUCGAAGGAGCCGAUAUUGAGCUCCGGCGGAAGCGGGUGGAGCCUCUCCCGUACAAGAAGAAGGACGGCGCACGGUACAGAUAGACAGGGUCUUUGGGGGAGUAAUAUAGAUUAUUUUUAUAUCAUGUAUUCUAGAUGUAUAUUGUGUUCAAUCUAAAAGCGCGCAUUCGCAGCACUCU